AUGAUUGUCAUUAUCAAAUAAAUUAUAUUGUUUGUGAAAUGGUUAUGUGGGUCAUAACUAUGGGUUAAUAGCUACUACAAUCUCCGUGCUGUGUUGAAGAUGGGUCAGGAAACUAUCGCUCAAAGGGAGGACUCCACCCUUAUUAAGGAAUUGCGUAAGCGUAAUGAAAACACAGCUAAAAACUACUUGAAAAAGCUGAAAAGAAAGAAGCGUACGUCACAAGAACAACAAUCUGAUGUAAAAGCGCAUGGUACAUUAUUAAAAGAGAAGUUGCGUGAGCACUUUUUGGAAUUCGAAAAACGUCAGCAAGAUGCAGCGGAUAUUGACGUAGAAUACGUAACACCAGAGAGUUUGGAUCCCGAAUUUCAGGAAGUCUUCCAACGUUUUGCUCAGCUAGAACGUAUAUCUUUAGACUUAGAACCACUGCCGGAAGAACAUGUUGAGGAUAAGGAUGAUGGUUUUGAUUCAUCGGAUGAAGAGGAGGAAGAUGAAUCACGUAGGACAAUGAGCAAGAAAAAAAAACUGAAAUUGAUGAACAGGCCAACACUUGCUCAGCUGAAACAAAUGGCAGACAAACCAGAAGUUGUAGAAUUUUGGGAUACAACAGCAGCUGAUCCCAGGUUUCUUGUUUGGCUAAAGGCACAACGCAACUCUGUCCCUGUGCCAUCACAUUGGAGCGAUAAGUUGCGAUAUAUGCAAACUCGAAGAAUAUACGACAAACCAGUGUAUAAGCUACCUUCUUAUAUAGAGGAUACUAAAAUAGCUGAAAUCAGAUCUGCUUUGAUACAAAAAGAGGCUAACAAGACGCUUAGGCAGAAGCAAAGGGAAAAGGUUCGGCCUAAAUCGCACAGAAUGGACAUUAACUAUCAAAUACUUCACGACGCAUUUUUCAAGUAUGCUACGAAACCACCAAUGACACGUUAUGGUGAUGUCUACUACGAAGGUAAGGAAAUGGAACUUCGUAUGCGUCAUUAUAAACCUGGGAAGAUGAGUGACCGUUUAAAGAAGGCUCUUGGAGUUGGAGAAAAUGCUCCUCCGCCAUGGUUAAUCAAUAUGCAGCGUUUUGGUCCACCGCCGAGUUACCCAAAUCUUAAGAUUCCAGGAGUCAAUGCUCCACUACCUCAGGGCGCUUCAUUUGGUUUUCACGCCGGAGGUUGGGGUCAAUUACCAACAGACGAUUCGGGGAACCCAUUAUUUGGAUAUAUUGAUUCUAAUUACUAUGAAGACAAUCAUAUCAACAAAGACCUUUGGGGAGAACUUCCACCAGAUGUCGAAGAAGAUAAUGAAGAUGAAGACUCCGAUUCAUCUGAAGAAGCGCAGGAAGAAGGAAGUGAAGUUGUUGCGCCUGUGGCUGAUGUACCUAUCCCGGUAGUAGCUACAGGAGUUGACACCCCUCUGGAAGUGCGUUCAAACAUAGAUCCGCCACGUACAUUGCCUAGGAAGGCAUAUACCGUACUCGAGCCGAAAGCGGGAAAAGGGAGCACAGGCUCGCUUUUUGGAUCUCACGUUACAUAUUCCAUGCCGCCAGUGGCAACUCCUAUCACGCCUAUUACCGGUAAACCUGGGACAGCAACUCCAUUGGGUGGUCUAGUAACACCUUCGUUACAAAUAGACAGCAAUAUUACGGCGCACGGUGUAAUGCAACAACUUAAGUUCCAUGAAACCAAGGCCAAGUUGGUACAUGAAGCCGCUGGACAAGUUGUACCCGAAGCUACAGAGACGAGGCGUGUAAAGAAGAAGAAGGAGUUCAAAUUCUGAAAUCCUCAAUGAUAUGUUCACAUAGAUUAAUGGAUAUUUAAUCCUGAAAA